AGCAAACAAAACUCUUCAUUUGAAUUUCCGAAACAGAAAAAAAGAAAAACAUAAAACACGCUUGUGUAUAUUUUAAAGCAAACGACACUAAACCUGAAAAGGCAGACGUAAAUCCGCCGCAACAACCCAUUUUUUUCCGACGGCGUAACAAUAUCCGCCGCCGUAACGCCGUUGUUUUCUCCACGAAGCUUGAUUAGUUUAGGUUUUGAACACUGAUGUCAAACACAUUGAAAGAGUCAAGAGAGGAUAAUACAGAUUCUGUUGGUCAGAUGAGGGAAGAUAAUGAGUAUGUUCGGCUUGUUGUUGCUCAUGAAGCCUCCGCAGCUGAAACCGUGUUGUCUCUAUCGCAAUCAGAGGUGCAGAGUAAGAAAUUCAUGUGGUGGUUGAAAGCUUUGGGGAUAUUUGCAGUUGCUCUCUUGCUUACGCUUGUUUUCGGCAAAUGGGGGGUUCCGUUUGUAUUCCAAAAGGUUCUCAUUCCAAUUUUGCAAUGGGAAGCAACUGCAUUUGGCCGUCCUAUGCUCGCAAUUGUCCUUGUUGUUUCCUUGGCUUUGUUUCCUGUGUUCUUGAUACCUUCUGGUCCUUCCAUGUGGUUAGCUGGGAUGAUUUUUGGUUAUGGUCUCGGUUUUGUUAUAAUCAUGGUUGGAACCACCAUCGGCAUGGUCCUUCCUUACCUAAUCGGGCUAAUGUUCCGUGAUCGCCUCCAUCAAUGGUUAAAAAGGUGGCCUCGUCAAGCUGCUGUUCUUAGACUAGCUGCAGAAGGAAGCUGGUUCCAUCAGUUCAGAGUCGUGGCAAUCUUUCGGGUUUCCCCAUUUCCUUACACGAUUUUUAACUACGCAAUUGUUGUGACAAGCAUGAGAUUCUGGCCUUACUUCUUCGGAUCCAUAGCAGGAAUGAUACCAGAAGCUUUCAUCUACAUUUACAGUGGUCGGUUGAUCAGAACAUUUGCAGAUGUGCAAUACGGACAUCAACGUUUGACAACAGUGGAGAUUGUGUACAAUAUAAUCUCCUUGAUCAUUGCGGUUGUGACCACUGUUGCUUUCACUGUGUAUGCGAAAAGAGCUUUGAGAGAGCUUCAAAACGCAGAAGCUAAUGAAGAUGAAGAAGUUCCGGUAAGAAAACCGGCAAGAUUUGAGAUGAAGAACGUUGUUCAACACGAAGAAGAUAACCAUCAGCGUAUGCCUUAAUCCGAAAGUUGACACAAAGCUAUGGUAGGUUUUGUAUAAAGCUUUGAACGUUGACAUGUUCUUCAGCAGGAGUAGUAGUAAAUAACAAAAGGGGUAAAAAAAAGUCUGAUGUAGUAGGAAAGACUAGUCAAGAUUGGAUUUAAAUUAGUGUGACUGAUUCCAAGUAUUGAAAUAAAUAAAACAAGCAUUUAGGCUAUAAAUAGUGUAUGAAAAUCUGGAUGCUCUAUGUGAUCUAGUAGUGUAUUUUAAUACUUAUACCACAUUUGUUGUCCAGGAGUUUGUAGUUUUGUUUUUAGGCAUUACUUAAACCACAUUUAUACA